AUGGAAAUUUUGUGGAAGACGCUGACUUGGACACUGAGCCUGGUGGUGAUGGCUGCUUCUGAGUUUCAAAGCAUCAACAGACUUUCACACAACUCUCAAGAGGAGUUCCUGUCCUACCUGCAGCACUACCAGCUGACUGUCCCGGUGCGGGUGGAUGAGAGCGGAGAGUUCCUGAGCUACACUGUGAAGCACCACCGGCCGGGCCGACGGAGACGGGGGGCGGUGGACCCCAUAAUGGGACAGCUGCCUCUGGCGUUAGGCCCGGACCCCCCGGAGUCGCGGCUGUUCUACAGACUGUCAGCCUACGGAAAGCACUUUCACUUAAACCUGACACUCAACCCCCACCUGGUGUCGAAACAUUUCACAGUGGAGUACUGGGGGAAAGACGGGCUGGAGUGGCGGCAUAACGUGGUAGAUAACUGUCACUAUGUUGGAUUCUUGCAAAAUCAGCACAGCACGACCAGAGUGGCGCUCAGCAACUGCAAAGGCCUGCACGGAGUUAUAACAACAGAGGACGAGCAGUAUUUGAUAGAGCCAUUAAAGAACAUAUCCUCCACCACCUCCGGUGAAUGGAACCUGGAAGAAGCACAGCAACAUGUUAUUUAUAAAAUGUCUGCCAUUCCCUCACCACAAGAGCAUAGCCAGGAGUUCAGCUGUGGCAUUUCAGACCUCAUUAAAAGCAGUGCACCUUGCCAGUACAGUACACCCUCCCCUGUCCACUCGUCCCCCGCGCCCCAAAACGACAGCGAGCAGUCGAACAGCACCCACAGACAGAGGCGCUCCGUCAGCACCGAGCGCUUCGUGGAGACGCUUGUGGUCGCUGACAAAAUGAUGGUCGGUUACCACGGACGCAAAGACAUUGAGCACUACAUCUUGUCUGUAAUGAAUAUUGUUGCCAAACUUUACCGUGAUGCCAGUCUAGGAAAUGUUGUGAACAUUAUUGUGACCCGGCUGAUUGUUCUGACUGAAGAUCAGCCUAACCUGGAGAUCAACCACCAUGCCGACAAGUCUCUGGACAGUUUCUGCAAGUGGCAGAAGUCCAUCCUGUCUCACCACAGCGACGGCAACAGCAUUCCUGAAAACGGGAUGGCUCACCAUGACAACGCCGUCCUAAUCACCCGGUAUGACAUCUGCACCUACAAGAACAAACCCUGCGGUACUUUAGGCUUGGCCUCGGUGGCUGGAAUGUGCGAGCCGGAGAGGAGUUGCAGCAUCAAUGAAGACAUUGGCCUCGGUUCAGCUUUCACCAUCGCACACGAGAUCGGCCACAAUUUUGGGAUGAACCACGAUGGGAUUGGGAAUUCCUGCGGUACCAAAGGCCACGAGACCGCCAAGCUGAUGGCCGCUCACAUAACAGCAAACACCAACCCUUUCUCCUGGUCCGCCUGCAGCAAAGACUACAUCACCAGCUUUCUCGACUCAGGUCGGGGGACGUGUCUGGACAAUGAACCUCUGAAACGAGACUUCCUGUACCCAACAGUGGCCCCGGGGCAGGUGUACGAUGCAGACGAGCAGUGUCGCUUCCAGUAUGGAACCUCCUCACGCCAGUGCAAGUAUGGGGAAGUGUGUAGAGAGCUCUGGUGCCUUAGCAAAAGCAACCGCUGUGUAACCAACAGUAUCCCUGCUGCAGAGGGGACCCUGUGCCAGACGGGCAGCAUCGAGAAAGGGUGGUGCUACCAGGGGGAGUGUGUGGCGUUCGGUACCUGGCCUCAGAGUGUGGACGGAGGCUGGGGCCCCUGGUCGACGUGGGGGGAGUGCAGCAGGACCUGCGGGGGCGGUGUGUCCUCCUCCAUGAGGCACUGUGACAGCCCAGCUUUUUUGUUCCCCGACUCCUGCGGGAUGGAACAAAGCGCCUGCCCCGCAGGAUCUCGUGAUUUCCGAGAGAAGCAGUGCGCCGACUUUGACAGCAUGCCUUUCCGUGGGAAGUACUACAACUGGAAGCCUUACACUGGUGGUGGCGUGAAGCCCUGUGCGCUCAACUGCUUGGCAGAGGGCUACAACUUCUACACAGAGCGCUCUCCUGCAGUCAUAGAUGGCACCCGCUGUCAAGCCGACUCUCUGGACAUUUGCAUCAACGGAGAGUGUAAGCAUGUGGGCUGUGACAACAUCCUGAGCUCCGACGCCAAAGAAGAUCGCUGCCGUGUGUGUGGAGGCGACGGCAGCACCUGCGAGGCAACAGAGGGACUCUUCAAUGAGUCUCUACCCCGAGGAGGCUACAUGGAGGUGGUUCAGAUCCCAAAAGGGUCAGUUCACAUCGAGAUCAAAGAAGUCGCCAUGUCGAAGAAUUACAUCGCUCUGAAAUCUGAAGUGGAUGAUUAUUACAUCAACGGAGCGUGGACCAUCGACUGGCCCCGCAAGUUUGACAUCGCAGGGACGGCCUUCCACUACAAGAGACCCUCUGAUGAACCCGAGUCUUUGGAGGCGCUGGGAGCUACCACUGAAAACCUGAUUGUCAUGGUCCUGCUUCAGGAACAGAACCUGGGAAUACGCUACAAGUUCAACGUGCCCAUCCAGCGCACAGGAAGUGGCGACAACGAGGUGGGCUUCUCCUGGCACCACCUGCCCUGGUCUGAAUGCUCGGCGACGUGCGCCGGAGGUUCCCAGAAGCAGGAGGUGGUGUGUAAAAGGCUGGACGACAACUCGGUGGUCCAGAACAGCUACUGUGACCCAGACAGCAAACCUCCAGAGAACCAGAGAGACUGCAACACUGAGCCGUGUCCUCCAGAGUGGUUUAUUGGCGACUGGUCGGAGUGUGGGAAGACGUGUGACGGCGGGUUCAGGACGAGGACCGUCCUGUGUAUCAGGAAGAUCGGCCCCGCUGAGGAGGAGACGCUGGAGGACACGCACUGUCUCACUCAUCGACCCAUCGAGCGAGAGUCGUGCAACAACCAGUCCUGCCCUCCAAAGUGGGUCACUCUGGACUGGUCCGAGUGCACGCCUAAAUGUGGCCCCGGCUUCAAGCACCGCAUCGCCUUGUGUAAGAGCAGCGACCUGACCAAGACCUUCCCGCCCGCCCACUGCCCGAGCCGCAACAAACCUCCGGUCCGAAUCCGCUGCAGUUUAGGACGCUGUCCUCCUCCUCGCUGGAUCCCUGGUGAAUGGGGACAGUGUUCGGCUCAGUGCGGCCUCGGCCAGCAGAUGAGGACGGUGCAGUGUCUGUCGUACACCGGGCAGCCGUCGAACGAGUGCGCAGAGACCCUCCGACCCACCACCAUGCAGCAGUGUGAGAGCAAGUGCGACGCCACCCCCAUCUCCAACGGCGACGAGUGCAAAGACGUAAACAAAGUGGCGUACUGCCCGCUGGUACUGAAGUUCAAGUUCUGCAGCCGAGCGUACUUCAGACAGAUGUGCUGCAAGACCUGCCAGGGGCACUGACCCUGAGCCAGAGAGAGAGAUGGAGGGAGGCUGAAACGGCACUGAAAGGGAGAGAAGAAGAAAACAGGGCGGACUGAAAACCCCUCUGGACCGGCGGACGACGGGAGAUCGGCGCUGGCGAAAGAGGAGGAGAGAAGUAAGGAUUCCCCUGUUAGUCACUCCUGA